ACGAGCCGGACUCAGAUGGCAGCUGCUUCGAAACCGAACCGUCUCGGAACGCUGCUGCUGAUGCAUCGGAGCACAGUUUCGUUCGGUCAGUGUUCGGGUGUGGUUCUUAAGGAGGUUUGCGUUGCAAAGAUGCAAGUGACCAGCUUCGUGUUUUACUUUGCCUUACUGUGUUUGAUGAUGGUUGACCCAAGCGCAGCACAGUUUCGCUGCCAGUACGGUGGUCAUUAUGGCUCAUCAAGAGCGACAUUCUCUGGAGUAAAUAUCGAGGGUUCCGCAACACCGCAGUUUUUGUGUGACUACAGCUACAACAUACAGUUCGUAGCGUUUGAAAACUCCUUGCUCGAAGAGUUGCCCAAGAAGCUGUUUGAUAUGUUCAACAACCUACAAACAGCGAAUCUAACCCGCUGCAAUAUCAGACAUGUGAACCGUUACAGUCUCGAAAGAGCCAGCUCGCUGCAGAUUCUGGAUUUGUCCCACAACGCCUUGAACGAGCUGACGGGGAAUUGCUUUACCGGAGCGAAUGCGCUUGUCAAGCUCAUUCUUUCGUACAACAACAUUAGCGCGAUCGACAAGAUGGCGUUCAACGCGCUGGUCAACCUGGGCGCGCUGGUGCUGACUGGAAACAAGCUGCAAUCGUUGGACAGUGAGGUGUUUAGUUCGCUCGUGUCGCUGCGUACCAUCUACCUGGACUCCAACGAGCUGCAGGUGAUAGAACGCGAUAUGUUCUCCAACAAUCCCAAGCUGGAGAACAUUCUUCUGCAGGGCAAUCGUAUCAGUGUGGUUGAGGAAGGAGCAAUCGCUACCGAAACCAAUCAAGCGCUAAGUAUUCUAUCGCUCAGCAACAAUAACCUCACCAAGCUGGACCUGCAAGGCGUGAACGUGAAGAAGCUGUAUGUGGCCAACAAUAAGCUGGAGGAAAUCUUUCUCUCACCCUCGGUAGAAUCGGUGUACGCGAAGAACAAUCGCAUCUCGAACAUCCUGAGGGACAACUCGUCCAGCAUGAGCCUGGUAACGCUGGAUUUGGAAAACAAUUCCAUCUCGUCUAUAGAAUCGAUUCAGCAUCUGGACACGCUCGUGAAUCUGUUCCUCUCGCACAACCGGAUCGGUCCGCUGAACCUCACCAGUCUGUCGAAGUUUACCAAGCUCCAGCAGCUGGGUCUGGAGGGAACGUUCGUGUCCAACCUGCAGCACGGCACCUUUGCCCAGCAGGAAUCGCUCAAAUGGUUGGAUCUGUCCAACAACAAUCUCGAUCGAUUCGAUUUCGACAUCCUCACCUCGUCCACCGGUCUGGAGAAGAUCUAUCUCGAUGGCAACCGGUUAAGGUCGCUCGAAUUUCAGUAUCUGAAGAAAACGUUCCCGUCGCUCGUCGAGAUCGGGCUGUCCGAUAACAACUGGAACUGUACGUAUCUGAUUCAUCUCGUACGCUACUGUACCGAGCAUAAGAUCGCACUGUUCAAAGCCCAAUCGGCCGUGCUGAAUCAGACGAAUGUGAAGGGUAUCUACUGCUAUGACGAUAAGAACCCGCUGGGCAGCUGGAACGCUACUGUGCAACAUCUGCAGACGCUACAUCCACACAACUCCACAGACGAUGCGGCCCUGCAAACGUUGCUCCAGAGCGUGCUCGAGGAUGUGCGUCGUUACAGCGAGAACAAUGCGGACGUCGCAAACCAAACGGUCAAACUGGAUGGGGCUGUUUACGAUCUCACCAAGAAUCAGUUCAGCCUGCAAAAGGAUCUGCUCAGCUUGCGUCAGGCGCUGAACGAUAUUCGGCUUGAGCUGUUGGCAAACCGGACAAACGAUAGCCUCGGAAUGAACAGUGACGAGCUGCGCCGUAUGAUCGAAACGGCGAACAAUCUAACGCUGGACAAACAGGAGCUGAGUGCGAAAACGCUCGAGUUUAAGAUUUACGAGCAAACGUUUAAGGUAGAUAAGGCGCUAGAGUUGACCAAGGAAAACGGUGAGAAGGUGGCACUGUUGGCGAAGCGUGUCGAGCAACAGAUCGGCAAUAUGAUGGCGUCCGGUGGUAGCGUCGGUUUGCUGACGCAGGAACGACAGCACCAGCUUGUACAGCAGAGCAGUGCCGCACCUGCAAGCGGAGGCGACCAUGGACUAAUCAUAGCACUGCUGGUAAUGAUGUGUCUGCUGUUGGGCGUGAUUGUGUUCGGGUUUUUAAAGUUCAAUCGCCGGUUGUUUAACGUUGAACGGAAGCGUUAUACCAACCGGAACAGCAGUUUGUCCACGAUCAUCGAUAACGAUAUUUGAUAAGGGGAUCGGUGCUGGCAGUCGUUGCAUUCUUCUGAUUGUGAGCGCGAUGACGAGUGUGCCUCAGGUUUGCGCAUAAUCAAUAAAUAAUCACAUACUCAAUCAAGUUAAAAUGGGAACCACGAAA